AUGGAUCCGCAAUCAAACGAAUCUGGUGGUCUUGAUGUAUUUGACGAUAGCGAUCAUGAUGAGAUUUUUAAUGAUGACGACGAUGAUGAUGUUGCGGUUGAUCGAAACGCCGGGACCCCACUUGAUAUUUCAGACCUAUUGAAAGCUGGUGCUAGUGCCAUUGUUGCUCCCAUGCAAAAAGUUAUACACAAAGAAGACAGCAACAAAGCCUCAGCUUCAGAUGACAACAAUUCAGAUAGCGAUGAAGAUGAUACAGAUAGUGAUGAAGAGGAAACGACGAAGAAAAAGUCGGGUCACGGCAGCGAUAGUGGUGAGGACUACACUGAUGACGAAGAUGAAGGGGAGGAUGGCUACAAGCCUGGAGGCUAUCACCGUGUCAAAGUUGGAGAGGUGUACAAUCAGAGAUAUGUUGUCAUUAAAAAGCUAGGAUGGGGUCAUUUUUCGACUGUCUGGAUGGUAAAGGAUAGAAGGGCUCCGCCUGGUAACAAGGAAAUAUUCUUUGCAUUGAAGGUACAAAAGUCAGCGGAGCACUACACUGAAGCGGCAAUGGAUGAAGUUGAAUUGUUGGACUGUAUUUCAAAAGAGCGAAAGGCUGUACAACAGCUGGCAAACAAGGGCGAAAAAGAUUCUGAUGGGGUCGCGCAAUCAGACGAAAUCGAGUUUUCAAAAUACACUGCAAUUUUGCACGACUCUUUCUUUCACAACGGUCCGAAUGGCAGGCAUAUGUGUAUGGUGUUUUCUAUGCUUGGAUGCAACUUGCUUUCAGUGAUCAAAGCGUACAACUAUCGUGGUAUUCCAAUCACAGUUGUCAAGAAUAUGAUUCGAGGCAUUUGCAAAGGUCUGGACUUCCUUCACCGAAAGUGCCAUAUUAUUCAUACCGAUUUAAAGCCCGAAAAUGUCUUGCUGCAAUUCGACCAAGGUGCUGAUUCGUUGGCAGACUCCAUGGGAGCUAUGAACCUGGAUGGAAAUAGUCAAGAUAUGGCUGUUUCAAUCAACGAUUUGGAGAAGGAGCUUGAAAACGAAAACCUUACGCCGGAGGAGAGGAAGAAGAUCCGAAGAAAACUCAAGAAGCGAAGACAAAAGGAGCGAAAGCGAACAGGAGCAGAUUCUGGGGAAUCUUCUGAUGAGGGGCUUUCUGACGAUUCUACUGAUGAUUCAGCGGUAGAAAAUGUUGUAGACAAUGAGUUCCUGAGUGACACAGAGAUGUCGAAUUACUUGUAUGGAGCAGGAUACCCUACCGAGAACUUGGAAUCGGGCAAAAUAGCAUCGAAUGUCAAACGAAGGCUAAGUCACAGUGCAUUUGUAACCACAAACUUUGGAUCACGACAUGAGGCUGCUGAUGAAAAAUUAAUGGAAGUAAUGCGUGAAUCCGUAGGACUUCGGCAGCUUUCAGCACCCGAGAUGUCCGCUGAUUUGAAGAGUGCAGAAGGCAACGGAGGUGUCGCUGAAGUUGCUUUCCUACUUCGUGCAUUUACACCAGAGGAAGGCUUGGCGGAAGGCAUUUCAUCUGCCUUUGAUGGAAUAGGAUGGGAGUUUGUAGACGAAGCAUCUACAAGGGAAUGGCGCUGCCGGCUGUCUAUCCCAUCAAGAUCACGGAUUCACCAUGAGAAACCAACUGCCAGUUUCAAGAUGUAUCAAUACAGUCGAAAGAACGGCAGUGAGGAAGAUAGGCAAGUGUUCUCUGACCUCGCAGUUUUGAUCGGCGCCAAUCUGAGUGGCGAUGGCGAUCCUCUUGCGUCCACGAACCAAAAUAGCAGAAAAGCGCUUCCAUUUGCUAUUUGUAAGGCACUCUUUCCUGCGAAGUCCACGUUUGCUGUUCUCAGUUUCUUGGAAAGUAGAUUUCGUGGUGUUGUUUUCACAGCCUACAAGCGAGAAGAUGGGAAACCCGCAUUAGACAACAUUUUGUUUGGCCCUGAAGCAACGAAGAUAUGUAAACAUCCAAUGACGAUGAAAAUGAAGAGUGCAGGCGAAGAGCAAAAACAAGCGAGCAGUAUUGUAGGCUUCGAUCUUCGUCUUGUCAAGGAUUUUGCAGCUCUGCCUUCCCUUGGGAGGGACGGAAAGGCAGCAUACGACCUCCGAGGACCAUCAAUGGACCGAGUGGUUGAUUGGUGGACCGCGCGGAAUCCAAUGAAUGAUCGAAUUCGAGCCUGUACAGGGGUUGACCCACUGGCGGAUGGUGCGCUUGGACUCGCAAGAGAUGGUAAUCAUGGUUUCAAUGGGAAUGAUUUCAAAGAAGGUGGCAAAAAAGCUGGAGGUGGUGCCGUGAAUUCCGUAAAUAUGGGGUCUAUUCCAAAGCCUUCUCCAUCGAAUCUUAAGGACAAGGAUGCUCUCAUGAAGAGCAAAGCUGUAAUUGUCGAUUUGGGAAAUGCAUGUUGGACACAUCGGCACUUUAGUGAAGACAUUCAGACCCGACAAUAUCGAGCACCGGAAGUCCUGAUUGGUAGCAAAUAUGAUACUUCCGCCGACAUCUGGUCAUUGGGCUGUAUGACUUUCGAGCUUCUCACAGGGGAUCUUUUGUUUGAUCCAAGGGCCGGGGAUGACUAUGAUCGCGAUGAAGAUCAUCUCGCGAUGUUCCAGGAACUACUGGGUAAGAUGCCAAAAAAACUUGCAUUGGAAGGAAAGUACUCGAAGCAAUUUUUUGACAAAAAAGGCAACUUGAAGCACAUCAAGACACUUAAAUUUUGGCCCGUUCAAGACGUUUUGGUCGAAAAGUACCACUACUCAAAGGAGGAUGCCCAAUCUGUCGCUGACUUUAUUACACCUUUGCUAGACUUUGAUCCGAAAUCGCGAUCAACCGCGUUGGAUGCGCUGCGGAGUAAAUGGCUAAACGAAUAA